AUGGCAGCCCAGAUUGGAGACAAGAGCCAAUUUUGCUCGCUCCCUGGGAUCUUCACUCCUCUCUCCAGGGCAUUGGGUGAUCCACUGGACCGCAUAGUCAGGCCCCGGGCCCCAGUGCAAGGAGCCGCUCGGCCUGCAGGCGGCGCCGGCGGCCCCGCUCUUGCUGCCGCCCGUGCGCGAAGAUCGGCGGCGCCAGUCGGCGGAGGCUCCGACGGGACCGGCCGGGCAGAGCGAUGCGCGGCUGCAGCGAUGGCCAAAUGGUUCAAGGAGCACUUGAUCUUCAAGAGCAACAAGGGUCCUCCUCAACCCCCCAAGCCCGACUACCGAUUGCGGUCGGCCGGGCAGCCCGACAUCCUGGCCGCUUACAAGCUGCAGAAAGAGCGGGACUUCGAGGACCCUUACACCGGCUCCCGGGGCUGCGGCGCUCCGGCUCCCGGCUGCGGGGCCAGCUCCUGCCCGCUCCCCAACGCCGCCAAGAAAGGCGCCGCCGAGGUCAGGUACAUCUCGCCGAAACACCGGCUCAUCAAAGUAGAAAACCCCGAGAAAAACUGCGGUAAAUCGCCCGGAUCCCCCGAGGAUCAACAGGGCAAGUCUGCCACAGGGACCACCCUACCGGCUUGGCUGACAUCCCCAGGGCCAGUGCUACUCCGGAAACAUGUGAGGAGUAAUAAAUACUCCCUGCUGGUCGAGAGGGUUCACCUUCUACAUGCGAACCCCCAGUAUGCCUACGUGGUCUUACCUGAUGGGCGGGAGGACACGGUCUCUGUCUGUGACCUGGUGGCCGCAGGAGCACCAGACCACUACCCCGAACACUCCACGGUAACUAUGAACCCUGCACCCGAGGUGACACCGCGCACACCAAGCCCUACACAGCCUCCUCAUGACACUCUCAUACCGGGUGCCUCGCACACGCAUGAGGGAUCACUGACGCCUAGUGGGCUGACACCUCCAGUUAGGCCGGAACCAGCACAACCACCAACUGCAGUGCAAUCACCACCGGCACCUGUGCAAUCACAGCCGGUGCUACGAAGAUCACAGCGACAGAUUCGACCACCUGAUAGACUUAACCUGUAAAUAUACUUGUAAGAAUCUUCGCCCCAUGGGGACUCUCUUUUAAAACAAAGGGGGGGGGGUGAAUGUGGUGAACUACAUAUACCUGUCUGGACACGCCCCCCUGCUGACUACUCCUGUGGCUCCUCCCACAGACCCCGGUAUAAAGGCGAUUGGAGGCACAGCCCCUUCCUCAGUCUCCAGGAUGUUGUGUUGUGGUCACUUGCUGCUUGUUCUUUCUUCCAGCCAAUAAAAGCCUAUAUCUCGCCUCAUGUCUCCAAUAGUUAUUGAUGGUGCAUCAAUACGAAUGGUGUUUUAUCUUUCCUUUGAGUUUUCUCCACACAUUUUCACCCAGUAUAUUACUUCAAGCUCCUGAAUCUACUAACAUGCACAGAUUUACACCCCCUACACAAGAAGUUUUUUUUCAAAUGGCUCUGUCUCAUUAACAACAAAUGCAAAUUUCUUCUGUUCACCUUCAACCUAUCUUAGUACUUAAUUAGAUAAUGCAUCUAUCAUGACUUGGUACUUCAUGGUCUGAAUGUGUCUUUAUUUCUCAAUCCUACUUCCAUUCUCCCUCACAACACAUGUUGUUCUGUCCCAGACUGAUGACAUCAUCACCAUACCUGACAAGUUUCAAACUACAUUAACAGACUUACGAUUUCAAAACAUAACGAUCACUCCUCUUUCCAUGGUGCAGAGGCUAUGAAGACUGCCCCAGCUGCUGUGCUCUAUGCUGUUAAUGUGAUGAACUGAUAACCAGGCUUUGGGCCUACUCUGAUGCUCCUGGGCUCAGAUCGGAGGACUCAGUUUGGGUUAGAACGUUACUGUUCACUUCAAUUGUUUGUAUGAUCUGUAUAUUUUUUCCUUUCUCUUGCACAUCAGGAGUUGGUCUUUUAUUUAUUUCCUUCAAUUGGGCUCUUUUGGGUUUCUUGCUUUGUGGUUCCUUGUAAGCAAACAAAUC